AUGCGGGGAGGGAGUCGCGUGCUGCAGAUCAGGGCCCGCUGCGGACGACGACGAGGAGGAGGCAGAGCGAGAAGCCGGCUGCUCCCGAGGAGAAGGCCGCCGCCAGAGACGCGCAUCGAGGUCGACGUGCCCAAGAUCUCCACUGACCUCGGCAAGGAGCUGAACUUCGUUAAGCUGCCCAACUUCCUGUCGGUGGAGACGCGGCCGUUCGAUCCGCAGACGCACGAGGACGAGAUUGACGAGGAAGAGACGCUGGACGAAGAGGGCCGCGCCAGGCUGAAGCUGAAGGUGGAGAACACCAUGCGCUGGCGCACCGUGUUCGACAACGAGGGCAACGACCUGAAGGAGAGCAACGCCAAGAUGGUGCGCUGGUCCGACGGCAGCAUGUCGCUCUACCUCGGAUCGGAGAUCUUCGACGUGUACAAGCAGCCGCUGCAGGGCGACCACAACCACCUGUUCAUCCGCCAGGGCACCGGCCUGCAGGGCCAGGCCGUGUUCCGCACGAAGCUGUCGUUCCGGCCGCACUCGACCGAUUCGUUCACGCACCGCAAGAUGACUCGCUCCAUCGCCGACCGCUCGCACAAGACGCCCGGCGUCAAGGUGCUCACCAGCGUCGGCCAGAACCCCGAGAUGAACCGCUCGCAGAUGAUCAAGCAAGAGGAGAUCCGCUUGCGGGCGUCGGUGCGGCGGGACGCGCAGCGGCGCCGCGUCAAGGAGCGCUCCUCGCGUGGCCUCACCGCCAGCUACCUGGAGCCGGACGGCGAGGGCGCCGACUCUGGCGACGAGACCUCCAUCCUGGCCAUCAAAAAGAAGGCCAAAGAGGCUCUCCGCGCGCCCAUCUACUCCUCGGACGAGGACGGCUCCGACAUCGAGACAAGUCGCGCGCGCAAGCUGGAGCGCGCCAAAAAGGCCAUCGAAGAGAGCGACGAGGAGGGCGGCGCGGCGGCCGCCAAGUCGGGCGGCUCCGGCUCCGGCUCCGGGUCUGGCUCGGGCUCCGGGUCCGGCUCCGGCUCUGGGUCUGGCUCGGGCUCGGGGUCGGGCUCGGGAUCAGGCAGCGGCAGUGACAGUGAUUGAGUGAGUGUCCGUUCCCGGGCAUGAUAGCAUCACGUGACGCCACGCUUGCUGGGGCGCUGGCGAGAACGCAGCUGGGACAUGCGCAGCGGACCAGAGAUCCGAAGUGAUGCGCGUGUGACGAUGUCGGGUGCGACUUGAAAAGCAACAAAGAGUGGCGUCGGAGAGAUGAGAAAGUGAAGCCAGCGCGUGGAUCACCCUGGCCAAGCAGCGCCGCUCCCGGCGAAGCCACUGGGUGUCCUUUCCUGGUUAUACGUGGCUGACUUAUUUGCCCACUGCAGUCCUCCACUUCGUCGUGUACAUCGUCGGAUACGCCGAAACAAAAAUAACGGGAGCUUUUGUGCCCCACGAUGGUGUGUCAGUCAUUGGCAUUGUGCUCAUAAUUUGCAGGUUGAGAACAUGCGAAGCGCGCGUAGUGAGCGAAGUGUAGUGAGUGA